AUGUCUUUCUUCGGUAGCAAGAAAGUGCCUCCGCCGCCGCCCGUUAUACCGCCGCCUGUUCCCCGCUCAGGUCCGGAAAUCGACGCUACGACCGUGAUAUCGCUCUUAGCUGUACUCGCUCUGCUCGGUGGCGCUUAUGGUGCUUCGAUAAAAGUCCUGCCAAAGACAACUUCCCUCAAGAUACGCGUACUCUUCAUCUGGCAUUUUUUCGACGCUCUCAUCCACUUUGUGUUCGAAGGCUCCUUCCUCUGGAAUUGCUUCUUCGUCACGUAUUCGCUUCCCACCUCUUUCUCUGCCGCAUCUCGCAACCACCCUCAAGUCACGCUCUUCACACCUCCAGACGUAUAUUGGCUCGGCAGGCAAGAUCUUCUUUAUGGAGCGAACUAUGGGACGGGUCCAUUGAGUCGGUUGUGGCAGGAGUAUGCCAAAGCGGACAAGCGAUGGGGAGGUACGGAUCUAACGGUUGUGGCUCUCGAGAUACUGACUGUUUUUGUUGCGGGCCCGUUGGCAUGUUGGAUCUGCUAUCUUCUCUCGAAAGAUGAGAAGAAAGGUGUGUUGAAGAAGUGGUUCUGGAUGAUAGUACUGGCCACAGGGGAGAUAUACGGAGGCUGGAUGACUUUCGCGCCUGAGUGGCUGACUGGAAGCCCCAAUCUCGACACAAGCAACUGGAUGUAUCUUUGGCUGUACCUUGCAUUCUUUAAUGGCUUGUGGGUCGUCUUCCCUCUCUGGAUUCUGUACGAAGCAUAUCGAGCUAUGAGUUCCGCCAUGUCACAAUCUGAAAUGGUCGACUUGGUCAACUAUCUCAAGAAGGAUGACUAG